UUAUUUAUUAAGAAUCUUUAUACUAUUUUCAUAUAUUUAUUUUUUUAUUUUUAAUUUUUUGACGUGAACUACCUACAUAUUAAAAGAUUGGAUGUGAUCGUUUCCCGCCAUCAGCUGGUUUUCCCCAAAUCGGAGAAAUCUAGGGUUUUACUCUUAGGAAGAGAGAAAGGAAGAAAAGAAGGUUUGGUUUGCGUUGUGUACAGAUGUCGUCGUUAAGCUGGAGACACCACACGCUCAUUCAGUCGCUCUUAUCCCGAGGCCCUCUCAAGGAAUCUGAGUUUCGUUCCAUUUUUACUAAAAUCACUGCCAAUAGAUCAGAUAAUGAUCGAUUAUUCCAUGAUUACCUCAAGAAGAUAAAUUCCUGUCUUGCUUAUGUUCAGUUUGAGUUACGUGCGUUCAGAAACCAAUAUGAUGGCACGGUGUAUUAUGGAGGGGUUAACAAUGUUGCAGAUGAACAGUCCAAGCUUGGCACUAAGUACACGGUUCCUCAAAUUGCUUUCUAUAAAGGAAUUGUUCCUAAUGGAGGUGGGCCAGAGUCGCAGGGUGUUUCAUCUCAGGUUCCUGCUGCUUUCAGAAAUUUUUCUUUGUCCCAGAAGGAACGAACUCUUGAUGAGCUAGUACGUGAUUAAUGGCUAUGUGCAGCCUCAGAUGGUAGGAUUGGGCUUGGUGUUAGAUCCUUUUUGGACCUAAGGAGCUGGUUUCGUAGUAAUGACGUUCCUGCUUUUGAUGUCUGUAAUGAGGCUGGAGUGAAGGCAGAUCCAUGAUCAAAUGGAAGUUGUUCUGUCUGACCAGGAAAUUUUCCCAAAGAAGGGUAAUAUGUCUAAUUUUCCUGCUGUUACAUUUACCAAUAAUUUGAACUACAGGGUCUUUGUCAAAUCAUCUACAACCCAUAUAAUCUGCUGGCGGAGAGGAUCUGCCCCGGUUGUGGCCCACAAUGGGAUUAUUCAGUGCCCAAAAGUGAAUUUGUUGUACAUGAGGAGGAGCUGCAAAAUGGGAACUCUCAGAACGAACCACCUCCUGAACCCCCCAGGAGGAAGAAGCAGAUACGCAGCAGAACUGAGGACGACACUAGUGGAUCUGGUCCUUCUCAGACUUGCACUGUCAAAUCUGAAAUGAGGACAACCCGGCGCUCCUCACAGCUAGUCGGUGCCAGCCAAAUUUAACCAGUACCUAUUUACUGGAAAAUUCUCUCAGAAUCAUGCUUGUAAAAUACGCAAUUGUCGCUUUCAGACUGGUUGUUUUGGAUCCUGGAAUCAGGAUAUGUUUCGAAACCAAGCUUGUAAAUUUUUCUGGAACUAAAUGGUUUUGGUACACUGAGCAAGCUUGUAAAGCUUACUUUGUUAAACUAUGUCUUUCAUUGCAAGUUGAUUGACAUUGUUUUAGUUCUGUUUGGUCUUUAUUUGAUUGAAGAACAAAUCAAGGAAGAAUAUGCGUUUAA